UGUCCAGGUAUAUAUAUUUGAGAGAGACAGGUUUGAUCCUCUCUAAAAUAUUUAAUACUUUCCUUCAUCAUCCUAGCAAUAAAGCUUAACGCUUCCUCUAAGGGGAGAGAGAGAGAGAGAGAGAGAGAGUAGAACCUCAAGAGACAGACCAGAUGGGGAGAGUGAAGCUUCAGAUCAAGAGGAUCGAGAACACAACAAAUAGGCAGGUCACCUUCUCAAAAAGGAGAAAUGGACUUAUCAAGAAAGCUUAUGAACUUUCCGUUCUCUGUGAUGUUGAUGUAGCUCUCAUUAUGUUUUCCCCAUCCGGAAGAGUCAGUCACUUCGCUGGAAAUAAAAGCAUUGAAGAGAUUCUGGCACGGUAUGUUAAUCUUCCUGAGCACGAACGAGGAAGACUUCAAAACCAAGAGUUUCUCCAAAGGGCUCUUCUUAAGUUGAAGGGUGAAGCAGAUAUUCGAACCAGUCAAGAAGCCAGCAGCCCAAUGAGUAGUACUGAUUCCAAACUCGAGGAGGUUCAACAAGAAAUCCUAAGCUGUAAGUCUCAGUUGGAAGAUAUGCAGAACCGACUAAGAGUAUUUGAAGGAGAUCCUUCUGAAAUCAUAUCAUUGUGUGAGGCUGAGUAUCGAGAGCAAAUCCUUAAAGACACUUUGAGACGUGUGCAUAUGCGCAAGCAAGUUUUGGAGCAAAACAGCAAUUCUUCUGUUGCACCUCCGACUUCAGAGGUACAACUGCCUCAAAACAGCGCAAGUGUAAAUGGUAUCAUGCCAGAAAAUCCAACUGGUAUGCUGGGUUGGCUUCCUGAAAGAGACCCACAAGUCCAGAUCCUGAAUUUUUUGGAUUCGAAUGGCCUUCUUCCUCUGAGAUCAUGUCAGUUGCAAAAUGAGGUUGAAAUCUUGGCACCAGCACCGGCGCCACUGGCUCCUCCAGCUCUUCUUCAUGGACAAGAUUAUAUGAAUCUUGAUUGUCACAUCAGCUCAAGAACUGGCGUGGUCGACGUCAAUAAUGUGCAACGUCCUGAUCAUUUUGUACAAGCAAUUGACGUCAACCUGUCCCCGUGGAGUGAAAUUUGUCAAACAGGGAAUGGCCAGUUUCAGGCAGCUGCAGUACCAGCCGGAGCGCGAGCACUUCUUGAACUUUACCUGUCUCAGAUCAGUACACCAUCAACCAUCUUGACACCCAAUCAACAUCCAAGAUAACAUGCAUUAAUUAAAUCAAGUGCUUAGCUAGCUAGCUAGCAAGGUAGGACGCUGCUUAUAUUAUUUCUGAUAACUUUUGUGCUGGAGUUUCGCUUUUUCCCUCGUUUCCUCUUCUUCCAUUACUAGUAACGUA